AUGGCAGCCUUCACGUCGGAGAGCGAGGGCGAAUACGCCUUCAACUUAACGACGUCAGAAGAGGAGGAACUCCUUGCCGUUGUCGACCACUUUUCCUCGGUCUCGCCACAGCUCCGACCCGCGCACUCAAAACGCGCCCUGACCCCACCCGCAAAAAAGACUGCCGUCGCCCCUAGUCCGUUUACUUCUGACUUUGACGAGUACUCUGACCUCGACGACGACCCAAAUAUUGCCAUUGCUAUCGAGCAAACCGUCGCGGCCAUCACCGAUGAUGACCUGAGUUUUGACUUGUCUGAGCUGCACGACGGCGCCGACGACGGCCUCGGUGUUGACGACGACAAUGAUUUUUACAGCAGGGGCCGAGUUACUGCGCAUCUCCCAAACGUUGCCUCGCGCGACAGCGGGUCCGCAAGCCGUGGCAGCCGGUUGGCACCCUCGGUCACAAGUGAUGAUGACAGCUUUCCCACGUUUGUGUCGCGGACCGGUUCACAGCCUUCCCCUGCGAUUCCACCGACUCCGGACGUUCGCUACCCGGAUCUGACCCGAGCGCUCACGGCGGCUGAAGAGGGAGCCAGACUGUUCCAGCCCGUGGAGAAGACCAAGCCGAGUGGAGAAGACAACCGGUCGCCGAUCUUACGUUUUCGCACUGCUCCAAAGAAGCCUUUUUCUGUUACAGACCUGACGUCCGGAGCAUGGUGUGAGCUGCAAUACUUCUAUACGUUGACUAGGAACCGGGGUGGUAAAAAGACAACCACGCCGGCCAUGAAAAAGGGAAUUAAGGUCCAUACCCGCCUAGAGCGACAGAUUUUCAAGCCUGUGAAGGUCGAGGUUACUAAGAGGGAGGACAGCUUCGGUCUUAAGAUUUGGAACAUGAUCGAAGGGCUGCGCGUGCUCCGGAAGCGGGGCGUCACGCGCGAGUUUGAGGUUUGGGGCAUUGUCCAUGGAAACGUUGUCUGCGGUGUUAUUGACGGGAUGAGCUACGACAAUCCCGACCUAGAGCUCCAGGAGGACGUACUGAGCAGCCGAGGCAGCCAGACCAUCACCAACUCACAGCCCUACAUGCAAAACACCCCAGAAGGUGACCAGAUUUUCAUCAGCGAUGUAAAAACCCGCAACAGCACCAAUCCACCACCCCAAUCACAGAGCCGUGUCUCGCUCAUUCAACUUUUCCUCUACCACCGAUUUAUAUCCGACAUGGCAUCCGACCGGCUAGAUUACAUGCGUGUUUUUGAGCGCUACAAUGUUAAACCUGACGAGCCGUUCUCCAACCGCUUUAUGGCCCAGCUCGCCCAGCUUCAAGACGAGAAUCCAACGAAGGGUAAUCUUGACACCGAUUCAGACGCCACCGUUAGCAAUGGUCAAAUGUUAAACGACAGCGAUACCGAUUCCAACAAUGGAGAAUUUGUCUCGGCCCCGUCCAGCCCUUCACAGGUUUCCUUUGACGACCCUGCCCACGCGCCCCCGAAAUAUGACACUCUCCGUGGCCUUCUCUCGGUAUUGAAGUUCGAGCUGGCGCUCACCUUCCCCCGCGGCGCCGCAGAUCUUGGGUCAAUUGUGGCCGUCGAAUAUCGCUACCGCGGCCGCGACCCGAUUGACCCCAAGCCUAAUACCACAACCCCGGCUAUCGGAGGGGUAACGGAAAACGAUGUGCCAGCAGCGCCUUCUAUCGACACACCACCUGAACUCGAAGUCGGUUCGGUAAUUUGCACAAACAGCUUCUUCGUCGAACCCGAGACCCUGGACCUAUAUCUCGAUGAUACUAUGCGCUGGUGGAAAGGGGAGCGGCCGCCGCGUGGCGUGGCUGCCUUCGAAGCUGGGUUCAAGUGCCGGUCGUGCGAAUUUGCGGACGACUGCCGUUGGCGGAAGGAUAUUGACCAGGAGGCGCUGCACCGGGCGAGGAUGAAGCAGUUGGAGAGGGAGGCGGAGAGGCAGACUGAGAGGCGGACUCCAGGCACAGCCACAGACACAACAUCAGCAACCUUUUCAAUCACAGUCGUUGCGGCUUGA